UGAGCUCACCAUCUGCUGAAUUGGAGGCGUGUGCUGCGGUGGAGGGAGCGCGCAGAGGAAGGAGGGCAAUCAUGUCCGGACGCUCUAAAUGGCUGGCGCAAAGGUGGCCAAGAGCGCAGAGACGCGGCGGAGGGAAAAGGUGGACGAAGGAGGAGCGGAGGAAAAAAAAGAGAGAGGAUAUUUACCUGGGUGGACAGAGGAAAACAUAGAGAGGAGCGGUCAUAAAACAACUUCCACACAGUGAGAGGAGCCGUCAGACUUCAGGUGUGCGUUAAUUUGAACCGGAAACUGCGUGGAGAGACCCUUAAAAACCACCUGCGUGAGGAGGACACKGGGAGAUGUCGUUCAUUUCAUAGCAAAGUCAUAAGGUGAAACUUCUCAGAAACUUCUUCAAUUUUUUUCCUUUUUUUUGGGUUCAUUUUGAAAAAUUGAUGCCAAACUUCAGUAAAUAGUCAUCUGUUUCUGCACUGGUUUUGCUCACUUCCAUCUUUAACAAUAAAAAACAAAAAACAAUAAAAGAUCUAUUUUUUGUUGUUUUUUUAAGUGACGCCUAUUUGCUCCAGCAGUCUUCUGUAAAUAUUUAUGUUAUAAAUAUCAGGACUAAUCUCCCAUGAUUUGGAAUGGACCAAGACCUGACCCUCAUUCAGUUGCUGUCACUCACCCCUGGAACUGGGCUAUCACCUGUGAGCGUCUGACCCCAGGACGCCCCAAGACUACCCAAUGAAGCGGUUCUGGUGGGCCCGUCUGGUGGCACCACUCGGCCUGCUUGUGGUGUGGACCUGCGCCUGGCUGGUCCAAGGAUGUGGGCCAGGCCCUGGGUACGGCAUGCGUUCCAGGACCAGGAAACUCACGGCCAUGCACUACAAGCAGUUCUCCCCCAACUUCUCAGAAAACAACAUCGGGGCCAGCGGGAGAGCGGAGGGCAAGAUCACGCGCAACUCGGAGCGCUUCAACCAGCUGGUGUGCAACUACAAUCCAGACAUUGUCUUCAAGGAUGAGGAGAACACCAGCGCAGACCGCUUCAUGACUAAGCGAUGUAAGGAUUGUUUGAACCGGUUGGCCAUUGCAGUGAUGAACCAGUGGCCAGGGGUGCACCUGCGUGUGACGGAAGCCUGGGAUGAAGACGGUCACCAUCCCCAAGGCUCUCUGCACUAUGAAGGCCGGGCUGUGGAUAUAACCACUGACGACAGGGAAACAGAAAAGUAUGGGCUCUUGGCUCAGCUGGCUGUGGAAGCAGGAUUUGACUGGGUCUACUACGAGUCCAAGCAUCAUGUCCACUGCUCGGUAAAAUCUGAUAAAUCUGAGGCUGUGGAAAGAGGUGGUUGCUUCCCAGGCUGUGCCCGGGUGACUCUUGCUGGAGGGAUGCAGAAGACUCUGUCUUCAUUGGCCCCUGGCGACAGGGUUCUGGCCCUGUCGGAAACGGGACAAAUUGUGUACAGCCAAGUCCUCGUGUUUCUGCACCAGGUCAAAGAAAGCCGGUCUACCUUUCUGUCGCUGGAUACAGAAGAUGGACAGAGAUUGGUCGUAACUCCUCAUCACUUAGUCUUUCUGGUCCCCGACUGCCGGCACGAUGGGAGAGGGUACCAGGCUUGGUUUGCGAGCAGAGCUAAAACCGGAGACUGUGUCCUCAUCAGUACAGAAAGCGGUCAAACGCGACCAUCCCAAAUAGUGUCCGUUUCAGUUACGGACAGUGUGGGAGUGUAUGCGCCCCUGACAGAAGCUGGAACUCUGUUUGUCGAUGGGGUUCUGGUCUCCAGCUAUGCCCUGUUGGAGGACCACAGACUGGCACACUGGGCAUUUGGACCUUUGCGACUCCUCUACUCGUUAAAUCGGCUACUCUGGGGGGAGACGAUGACAACGGGAGUAAAGACCAUUGACUAUAAAAAAGCUUGCACUGAGACUGCAACAUGUUAUAGCACUUUGACCACGAAGGACAAUGCAGAUAUAUAUGAAAAUAAUUACAUUCUGAACAAACAGGACAAUCUUAGUAAACCUCUCGUGAUGAAAAUCCAAAAAAAGCACGCCCUGCAAAGACAAACAGACGUUCACUGGUAUGCUAGGUUACUCUACAGAGUAGCRUGCAUCUUUUUAGACUUUAAUUUAUCAAAUUCUUAAAAGCCAAAAACUGAAAAUAAAUAAUAUACUAAGAACUAUGAAUUAAAAAAACACUGGAAUGAUUUAUCAGAUUCUUGUUUGUAUUCUACUGUAAACAUACAGUUCUUGAGUCUAUGAAUGAUAUAAUAAACAAUUGGUCUGUGCCAAAAUCAAUGUAUAUUAGCCUAUUUGUACAUUAUCUGUUUCUUAUUUUUUUACUUAAAAGGUAUAAAAGUCUAAUGUCAAUGUAUUCAGUACAACAGAACUUUUAUUUUUGUACUUCUUGAAUCAUAAUAUAUAUAAAGGUUGCAUUUAUAAUAACUCCACGU